AUGGACCUCUUCCUCCUCUUUAUUGCAACCUUGCUUGCUAUGAUCAUCAUCAAUAUUUUGUUCAAAUAUUUCUUUGCCAACCCUAAAGAAAAAAACACUCUUGUUCCUCCUGGUACUUUUGGUUUGCCUAUUAUUGGAGAAACCAUUCACUUUCUUGUAUCACUUUACUAUGGAUUGGUACAUGAGUUUGUUCAAGAAAGAACAAAAAAAUACAACUCUAAUGUAUUCAAAACCUCAAUACUUGGCCAAAAAGUGGUGGUUUUUUCAGGUCCAAAUGCUAACAAAUUCAUAUUCACUAGAGGCAAUAAACUUCUUAUUGGUUGGAGGCCUAAUUCUGUUCAAAAACUUUUUCCUUCUACAUCAUUUGUUCCUAUAGAACAUGACACUAAAAGAGCACAAAAUGUUAUGAGCUACUUCUUAAACUCACAAAAUGUUGAAACACUUAUUAAUACUAUGGACUAUAUGUCACAUACACAUUUGGAAAAUCAUUGGAAAGGGAAUAAUGAAGUAAUAGUGUAUGAUCUAGUGAAGUUAUUCACUUUCAUACUUUCUAUUAGAGUGUUUAUGGGCAUCGAAAACUCGGAUAAAAUAUUGAAUCUUUAUGAAAAAUUCAAUAUUUUUUCUCGAGGUCUUUUGGUGUUGGACAUAAAUUUUCCAGGUACAACAUUUUAUAAGGCAAUGAAAGUAGGAAAAGAAUUAAGGAAGGAAAUGAAGGCUAUUAUCGAAGAAAGAAGAAAAGAAUUACUAGAGAAUCCAAAUUUGUCUAAGGUUGAUGUGUUAACACAAGUGAUUAAUGAAAAAGAUGAAAAUGGCAAGUGCAUGAGUGAGGUAGAAAUGAUUGAUAAAUUGUUUGGAUUUAUCAUUGGUAGUUACCAUACUACUGGUACAGCUAUUACUUUGAUCAUGAAGUAUCUUGAAGAGAAGAAUGAGUUCUUCAAUGACAUAGUCCAAGAGCAAAAUGAGAUUUCAAGGAAUAUGAUGCCAAGGGAGGUGCUAUGUUGGAAUGACAUUCAAAAAAUGAAGAAAACUUGGAACUUUGUGAAUGAAGUAUUAAGAGAUACACCAAUUCUGCAAGGUACUUUUAGAGAAGUCGUAGAGGACAUCACUUAUGAUGGCUUCCUCAUACCAAAAGGAUGGAAGAUAUAUUUAAGUGUUGGAGCUACACAAAAGAAUGGUGAAUACUUCCCAAACCCUACAAAAUUUGAUCCUUCUAGAUUUGAAGGGAAUGGAUUAGUUCCCUACACAUCAAUUCCAUUUGGUGGAGGACAAAAAAUGUGUCCUGGAAAAGAGUUUGCAAGAAUAAUGAUUCUUGUUUUCCUUCAUCAUGUACUCAAAAAAUUUAGGUGGGAAGCUAAGGUUCCUUCAGAAAAAAUAUUAUGCCCUUUUUUCUUAGUACCUGUCCCAACAAAUGGAUAUCCUGUUACCCUUUAUAAUGUGUAA